AUGGGUUGUGGAAAAUCAAAACUUGAUGUUGUUACGGGAAACACCAGAACGUUCAGAAAACCCUUAGAAGCUGAAUCAGUGAAUGGUAAAGAACAUGAGAAAACUAAAAAACAAGAAAGCUGCCAAUGCCAGAAAACCGUUGCUGUUUCUGCAGACCGGCCAGAUACCACCUUAGAAAACAAUACCAAGAAACCAAAGGAAAAAGAAACUGAAGUAGAUUGUGAUGAAAAGUCAGAAGAAAAGGAAGCUGUGGACGAUGAACACAAAGUAGAGGAAAAGGAAACCUCCGUUCUGCCGCCGGUAAUGGCAAUAGUGCCAGAAAAUAUUGGGACGGAGGAAACAUCGAACGACGUAAAUAAGAGCGUUUUGAUUGUGGAUGAACAAAAUGAUGAAGGUGAUAUUGAGACGGUGGUUGAAGAGGAAAAAAGUAAUGACGAUAAGAUUUCGGGUGAUGACGAUACUGAAAUUUCACCUCCUGAGACUGAAGAACUAAAACCAGAUGUACAGACUUCGGCAACAACAGAAUCAGAAGUUCAAGAUACUUUAACUUCAGAGAAUGUAGAGACUAUGGCCAUAGAAAACAUAGUAACUGCGUCCAAAGAAAACAAUGAAGUUCCAGUUUUAAAGGACGAAGAUAAAGUUGAUCAUGUAGAGGAAAAUCUGGCUAAGGAAGCUGAGUCGGCAUGA